AUGUGGAGAGAUGAACUCAAUAAAGCGAAAAUUGAUGUAGAAUGGAUUGACCAAAGUGAAACAGUUGACUUCAUUUGUUGUAACGGUCACGGUAAACGGCCAGGACAAAAGAAGGAAAAUGUGUGUAAGAAACCACGCGUAGCAUUGUAG